AGUGGUCUCGGGUUGACAACGGCUAAGCAGCAGCAGCAGCUGCUCCUCUGGUUGGCACCGUUACCCCCGGCCGACACCAGGCGCCUCGCGUGCCCUGAACUGAGCAGUCCCGCCUGCACUCACCUCCUGCCCACUCCCUCUCUGUCGGGCCCCAAACCCAGAGAGGGAGACGUGGCCUCCAGAAACUGAGGCCAAAAAAGCAUGUGGGUGGCUCCGGGCAACAGGAUUCCCUCAGUAUGCUCAGCUGUUUGAAGAAGGUUCGUUCCCCCUGGAUAUUGACUCUGUGAAGAAGGACCACGGUUUUCUGGACGAGGACUCUUUGGGGGCUCUGUGCAGGAGGCUGAUGACUUUGAACAACUGUGCCUCGAUGAAACUGGAGGUUCAUUUUCAACGCAAGGAGAAUGAAGACUCAGAAGAGGAAGAACAGUGUACCAUCAGCAGCCACUGGGCCUUCCAGCGGGAAAGUAAGCGCUGGUCUCGUUUGGGGUGUUCUGACCUGCUGGCCCCACCAAGCCUUGGCCUGCCAGUGACUUCAAGCUGUGAGAGUGUCCUCACAGAGCUUAGUGCCACCUCCCUGCCAGUCAUCACUGUGAACCUACCGGCCGAGCCAGCAAACCUACCCUUGCUAAGCCGGGCCCCCAGCCCAAGUGACCGGCCCCUUCUCAGCCUCAUCCAGGACCAGGAGAGUCCCCAGGACAAAGCCAAGAAGCAUUACCGUUCCUGUAGCUUCCUCAAGCACCUUGAGUCUCUGAGGCGGAAGGAAAAGGGUGGUAGCCAGCAAGCAGAGCCUGAGCAUAGCCUAGCCACCUCAGAGAAGGCCACCAAAGCCUCAUCUUUCCGCAGUUGCCGUGGCUUCCUCUCGGCCGGAUUUUACAGGGCUAAGAACCGAGUACCCACCUCAGCCAGUGGUAGUGGUACUGAGACUCGGAAGGCCUGGGAGGCCUGGCCUGUAGCCACAUUCCGGCAUCCUCAGAGGGUACACCGGGGUGAUUGCCUGGUGCAUGUGCCUGGAGACCACAAACCAGGCACAUUCCCUCGUUCCCUGUCCAUUGAGAGCCUGUGUUCUGAGGAUGGACACCGUCUGGCAGAUUGGCAGCCAGGUAGGCGCUGGGGCUAUGAGGGGCGCCGGGGUUCCUGUGGCUCAACAGAUAGCCAUGCCAGCACCUAUGACAACUUUCCUGAGCUAUACCCAGCUGAACCUGUACUGUCUGGGACUGAGACUGAAAAUGAAGAUGAGGAAGAGGGUGGAGGCAGCUAUGCCCACCUAGAUGACAUUCUCCAGCAUGUGUGGGGGCUGCAGCAACGGGUAGAGCUCUGGUCUCAGACCAUAUACCCAGACCUGGGACCUGGAGAUAAGGAAGAGGAAGAAGAUGAAGAAGAGGAGGCGGCCACUUCAUCAGUAGAAAUAGCCACAGUUGAGGUUGAAGGCCAAGCUGAGGCUUUGGCCCAGGCAGAGGCUCUGGCCCAUGGAGAGUCCCCAGCAUGGGUCCAGGCUGAAGCCCAGCCAGUAGUCCUGGCUCAGGCUCAGGCUCCAGCUGAGGCUGAACUGUUGGCACAGGCAGAGGCUGAGGCCCCAGCCCAAGUCCAGGACAGUGAGCAGGAGGCACAUUCAGGUGGGGAACCCACCUCUGCCUUCAGCCUGUCUGUGGAAGGACAUUCCAUUUCUGACACUGUCGCUUCCUCCAGCGAACUUGACAGUAGUGGGAACUCCAUGAAUGAGGCUGAGGCUGCAGGGUCUCUGGCUGGACUCCAGGCAUCCAUGCCCCGGGAACGGCGUGAUUCUGGUGUUGGGGCCUCACUUACCAGACCCUGCAGAAAGCUCCGCUGGCACAGUUUUCAGAACUCCCACCGGCCCAGCCUCAACUCGGAGUCACUGGAGAUUAACCGGCAGUUUGCAGGCCAGAUCAACCUCUUGCACAAGGGCUCACUGCUGCGGCUCACUGCCUUCAUGGAGAAGUACACUGUGCCCCACAAGCAGGGCUGGGUGUGGUCAGUGCCUAAGUUCAUGAGGAGGAACAAGACCCCAGACUACCGGGGACAGCAUGUGUUUGGGGUGCCACCCCUCAUCCAUGUGCAGCGCACAGGCCAGCCACUGCCACAGAGCAUUCAGCAAGCCAUGCGCUACUUGCGCAGCCAGUGCCUCGACCAGGUGGGCAUCUUCCGCAAGUCUGGGGUCAAGUCCAGGAUCCAGAACCUGCGCCAAAUGAAUGAGACCUCUCCUGACAAUGUCUGCUAUGAGGGCCAGUCGGCCUAUGAUGUGGCUGACCUGCUGAAGCAGUAUUUCCGGGACCUGCCCGAGCCCAUCUUCACCAGCAAGCUCACCACCACUUUCCUGCAGAUCUACCAGUUCCUUCCCAAGGAUCAGUGGUUGGCAGCAGUGCAAGCCGCCACCUUGCUGCUCCCUGAUGAAAACCGAGAGGUGCUACAGACCCUGCUCUAUUUCCUAAGUGACAUUGCCUCUGCCAAGGAGAACCAGAUGACAGCUGGCAACCUGGCAGUGUGCCUGGCGCCCUCCAUCUUCCACCUCAACGUCUCCAAGAAGGAUAACCCUUCACCCAGGAUCAAGAGCAAACGUAACCUAGUUGGCCGGCCAGGCCCCAGGGACCUGAGUGAGAACAUGGCUGCCACCCAGGGCUUAUCACACAUGAUCAGUGACUGCAAGAAGCUUUUUCAGGUGCCCCAGGACAUGGUGCUUCAGCUGUGCAGCUCCUACAGCGCAGCUGAGCUCAGCGCUCCUGGCCCAGCCCUGGCUGAGCUGAGGCAGGCCCGAGCUGCUGGAGUGAGCUUGAGCCUCUACAUGGAAGAGAGCAUCCAGGAGCUGCUGCGUGAUGCUGCUGAGCGCUUCAAGGGCUGGAUGAGCGUGCCAGGGCCCCAGCACACGGAGCUGGCUUGCAGGAAGGCACCGGAUGGACACCCUCUGCGGAUGUGGAAGGCAUCCACAGAGGUGGCGGCCCCCCCAGCUGUGGUGCUGCAUCGUGUUCUACGGGAGCGGGCCCUUUGGGAUGAGGAUCUGCUGCGGGCCCAGGUGCUAGAAGCCCUGAUGCCUGGUGUGGAGCUAUAUCACUACGUCAUCGACAGCAUGGCACCUCAUCCCUGCCGUGACUUCGUGGUUCUCCGGAUGUGGCGCUCUGACCUGCCUCGUGGGGGAUGCCUGCUUGUCUCCCAGUCCCUGGAUCCUGAACAGCCUGUGCCAGAGUCGGGUGUGCGGGCCCUCAUGCUUACGUCCCAGUACCUCAUGGAGCCCUGUGGCCUGGGUCGCUCUCGGUUGACCCACAUCUGUCGUGCUGACCUCAGGGGCCGUUCACCUGACUGGUACAACAAAGUUUUUGGGCACCUGUGUGCCAUGGAAGUGGCAAAGAUUCGGGACUCCUUCCCCACCCUGCAGGCAGUUGGCCCUGAAACAAAGCUAUGAGCCUUGGACUGGUCGCAGGGUAGUACCACCCAAACCCCCUGGAACUAAGGGAGUGAGAGAGAAUAAGACCAGAGCAGACCCUGGAUGCUGCUGUCAGGGACAGAGCCAGGCCCAGAUGGCUCCAGCUGCCUGUUCUUUUCCCCUUCCUCUGCACAUAGAGGAGGGAAAAAGAAUUUAGGCAUCCCAUCUCCACUCCCCUCCCACCCCCAGCUCUGUAUUCUACUAUCCCAAGAGAAGAGAAUCAUGUUAGUAGCAAGAAGACUGCUGCAGUCCUCCACCUGC